GGAAAAGCUGUUUACAUUGGACCCCAUCACGGGCAGACUGACCAUUUGGAAUCUCGGGCACUGCCUGAGGGCCCGGGGUCAAUAGGGGGCCCCAUGAGAUGCCCCUGGUACCUUUUUCAUAGGCUUUUUUGAGUUUGUGCAAGAGCACAGGGGCCCCAUGAUCCCCUAUUGCCCGAGGGCCCCAUGAGUUGUCAGUCCGCCCCUGGACCCCAGUAUACAUCCACUUCAUAAGUGAAGCCCAGUGACAUCACCAGUGCCUACAG